UUUCCCCUAUAAAUAGAGGAGGAAAAAAAAUUUUUUUUCUCCAAUAACAAUUAUUUUGUAUUUUCGUUUGUUAAAACGUUAAUUUUUUGAAACAAAAAAAAAAAUGAGGAAUUCACUACUAAUCCUGUGCUUUGCAAUUGUUUUGCAAUAUUCCUGGCAAUCACCCGGCGAUAAUGAAGAUAUGUCAUUUUGGCUGAAAUCGGGACAAGAAAAUCUUCAGAGGAUACUGUCAAUGCGAAAUUUGGAGAAGAAGGCGAAAAAUAUUAUUAUCUUCAUUGGCGAUGGUAUGGGAAUAUCGACAAUAACUGCCGGGAGAAUAUUCAAGGGACAAUCUAAAGGAUUUUCCGGCGAGGAGUAUAAACUGAAUUUUGAAAAAUUCCCCAACGCAGCACUUGUCAAGACCUACAAUAUUGAUAGACAAGUUCCUGAUUCAGCGGGAACAGCUACGGCCAUUUUUUCCGGGGUUAAGAGCAGAUAUAAAAUUCUUGGUCUAGACGCAAAGGCACAAGUUAAUAAGUGUGAUAAAAAUAUCAACGAAGCGGCAAAAUUGUCAACAAUUGCCGAUUGGGCCCAAGAAUCCGGAAUGGACACUGGUUUUGUGACGACCACACGUGUCACUCAUGCAACUCCAGGUGCUUUAUAUUCGCACGUAAAUAAUCGCGAUUGGGAAUGCGAAACUGAAAUUCCGAGAGAAUACAGAACAUGCGUGAAAGAUAUCGCCAGACAAUUAGUGGAAGAUGCACCAGGAAAAAAUUUCAAGGUAAUCAUGGGAGGAGGAGGACAAUGUUUGGGUAUUCCUGACAAAAAAGAAGUGAUCGAUCUGUGCACAAGAGACGAUGGUCUGAAUUUAGCAGAAAUUUGGCAAAAAAAUAAUCCCCAAAGUAAAAUUGUUAAGAAUCUCAAUGAUUUAAUGGCCAUCGAUAUUGCAAACACUUCGAAAAUUAUGGGAAUUUUCGGAAGCAGUCACGUUGAAUACAGUGCCGUUAAAUCGAAGGAAACUCCAUCAUUGGCUAAUAUGACUCUGCAAGCCAUUCGACUCUUGAAGAAAAAUAAAAAUGGAUUCUUCCUUCUUGUGGAAGGUGGUAAAAUAGACAUAGCACAUCACGCGAAUUAUGCGAAAAUGGCAUUAAUCGAAUUAUCGGAUUUCGAGGAUGCGAUUCAGGUGGCAUUUAGAGAGUUGAAGAUGAAAGAAACGUUACUAAUUGUAACUGCCGAUCAUUCACAUGCAUUCACUUUGAAUGGCUAUCCGAAACGAGGAACCGAUAUUCUUGGUUUUGCCAAUCAAACCGAGGAAAUUGAUCCAUAUGAAACACUCAGUUAUGCUAAUGGACCGGGAUUCCUUUAUCAUCGAAUAAAUGACAGUCGAGUCAAUGAAACGUGGCGACGUGUUGAGGACGACACUACAAGAAAGGAUCCAUAUUAUCGACAUUUUGCCGGAAAAUAUUUAAAAGACGAAACACACGGUGGAGAGGACGUUGCACUUUAUGCUAUUGGACCCUAUUCUCAUCUAUUUCGGGGAACAUUCGAGCAGAAUUACAUUGCACACGCGGUGGCCUACGCAGCAUGUUUCAAAGAUUGGCCAUCGCAUUGUGAUCAAGCUUACAACAGGUAUUAUUAUGAGACGACAAAUUCAUCUGGAUUUCGAAUACCCUCGAAUGCAAUUCUUUUGGUUUUUAGCGUCUUUCUCGCAAAUAAUACUGGAAAUGCGUUUUUCAAAUUAUGGAUUCAUCACAAACCAGAAAAUUGCAAAAAAUCUAUUAUAAAAAUUUCUCUGCAAUUAUUGCAGGAAAAAUUUAUCGUUUCUUUAUUUGGACUCGUGACUAUUGAUAUUCCUGUCUGUACGGUAUUUGUGGAGCUGUAACAACAUAUCUUAUAAUAAUGUUACAAAUGGGUGAUUAAUAUUUUUUUCUUCAAAAGGAUUAUUUUUCAUUUAGAUAAAUACGAAUUACAAUUAUUAAUUCUAAUGUGUAGAAUGACAGCAAAUUUUUAUUUUAUUUAUAA